GAUUUGCCACUCAAAACAAAUCGUGAAAUGGUUCGGAUUUUUAAACGUUUAAAUGGAUCUUUUAAUACGGAAAUCUCUGAAUAUCAAACAGAAAGACUUGAAAAAAAAAAUAAAACAAUUCCAUUUGGCAUACGAUUGUUUAAAUCAAGCAUUUCGGCUACAUUUAGUAGAAAAUCGGCGAAUUUUAUUGCAACCGAUAAACGUGUUCUUGAAAUUUUGGAUUUUUUAAAUGGAACAAACGUUCCUGACGAGUCUUUUUGGGCGACAAUUGCAGGCAAUCUUGAACUAGGAAUGCCAUAUAGUUUUAAUGGUAGUAAAUGGCUUGAAAUAAUUCAUGAAAAUAAAAAUAAAAAACAACUUCCUAAUAUUCAAACGUCCAAUUUACCAUAUUAUAUAUCACGAUAUCAGUUAUGGUAUGAUAAGAAUCGAUGCAAAGGUAAAAUCAUUUUUGGAUCGUGUGCUUUCGGUAUAGGUGAUCUACCAAUACUUUUACGACGACCUGAAUUAGUUGCUCAUAAAUUAUAUUUAAAUUUAGAGGCAGCUUCUUUCUUUUGCUUAUUUAAGAAGAUACGUGAUCGAGCAUUAGAUCCCAUUGAAAACUUCGACGAUGCUAAAUAUGGUCAAUUACCUUGCGCAAAGGCUACUCGAGAUUUCUCUAAAUUUAAAUCCAAUACCCAAUAUUAA